AUGAUCGAACCUGAUGAAUACAAUGAAGUAGAUGAAACCAAUUGCGAAGAGUUACCAUGUGUUACACGAUAUACAUAUUGUGAUGGAUUAUGGACGCGUUUAGAUGGAAAUGAUGCAAUUAAAUGUCCCAAUACAUUGAAUGAUCAGUGUCGUCAGAAUAAUAUUUCUCUAAGCCAUUAUUGUAUUGAUCCUUAUAGCGGAGAUAUGGGUUGUUUACCAAUUAAAUAUGCAGCUGAUACAUAUGUUCAUUAUCUUGGUGCUACUAAUGAACAAUAUCAUUGUCAAGAAGAAUAUCCAUUAGAUUAUGAUAAACGAUUUAAAUGUUGGAAUUCAUCGAUAUGUAUUAGUCCGCUUCAACUUUAUGAUUGUCAUGUGGAUUGUCCAUUUGUAGAUGAUGAAAAUGAUUUAUUAUGUCGAUGGGGUAAAAAUCAAUGUCAUCCAGGUAUAACAGUCGAACAACAUACAAAAAAAUCUCAAAUUCAGCAACAAAGCUUUUCUUCUUUUCCAAGAAUUUCAUCAGCUACAUUAACAUGGGCUUGUCAUCGUGGAAUUUAUGUUCAUACGCCGAAUUUAAAGAAAAACUUUUCUUGUUUUUGUCCUCCAUCUUAUUAUGGAAAUCGUUGUCAAUAUCAAACAAAACGUUUAAGUGUCGUUUUACAACUUGAAACAUCAGCAAUAUUUUAUCGUCAUUUAGUUUCAUUAAUUGAUCCUCGAAAUGGUACAAUUAUAUCUUAUAAAGAUAUUUUAUAUACACCUGAAUAUCAAUGUACUCCAAAGAUUUAUUUCAAUUUAUUAUAUUCUCAAUUAUUAUCCGAUAAAGAACAAUCGAAAAUAUUACGUUCAAAUUGA